GGAAAUAAAAAACACUUAAAGAGAGUAAUGCUCUUCGAGCUCAUCUGAAGGUCAGCGUAAUGUUCUUGUGGGAAGCAGCGUUUCUUCCCACUCGCUGCUAAAUUGAUGCAACUACGCGGUUGAAACCACAAUUAUCUGAGUGUGCCAUCAGCAUGAGACGAAGGAGCCUGCAGCAAGUUUGUUUCCUGCUUCUCGCCUUUUUCAAAGAUAUGUCCUCCCUAAAGAUCUGUAACAAGAUGCUGGGUAAAUGCCUGCAGGCGUCCGAGGACCCUGCAGGAGGAAGAGUUUCUCUAGAAGGUUGCAAUCCAUUUUCACCGCUGCAGGAGUGGCUCUGGCUGCCUGAGGGCCACGCUCUGCGUAACCACCACACCGGGGAGUGCCUGACUGCACCGGAUGAUGAGUACGAAGGCGUUCGCCUGCAGCCCUGCAUUUCCACAAGUGGAGUAGAAGAAAACAGCCAGGCAUGGAGCUGCUCUAAGAGAGGCCACCUGACGUUGAAGGGGAGUGAGCGGCACCUGACUGCUUCUCAUGAAUCCAGUUUAGUCUUCAUGUCAGGGGAACAUAAGCAGCCAGGGAGUAGAUGGAGAUCUCUGGAUAAUCAGACGCUUUGCAGUGGCAGAGGCAUCAAACAUCACACCAGCCAACCCCAACAGCAGCUGGGAAAACCAAAACCUGGGAUUUCUCAAAGUGAUGUCUCAGACACAAAGAGACUCGCUGACACAUAUGAGGCUACAGAGGGCGCUCCUGGGACAGAUUAUUAUCAUGCAGACAAUGUGACUCGUGUCUUCCUGAGCACCAAAUCCCCUCAAGAUCCAACCAUGAUCUUUUUCACUAUAGACUAUGGGAUGGGCUGGAAGAUCACAAUGCUGGUGUUGACCUCCCUGGCUUUGGUCCUGGGAGCCGUGAUCCUCAUCCUCAGUGUUUACUCUAACAGAAAGAAGAAGACGGUUUGUGUUGUGAGGUCGUUCAGUCCCAGACCAGACGCCAGUGCUCCGGGAUCCCCACUGCUCAGUGAAAGAGUCCCACUGACGGAGCACGCCAUGCAUCUCCCCCACUCCACACCCACCUUACAGCGAGGGGAUAUUCUAAUAGAGUGGAAGGAUGGCACUGUGACUCCCCUGUAUGAGGCCUGAAUGUUGUUGAAGAUGGUGUUUUCUGUAAGAGCACGCUGGGAGCUUUAGUAAGACGUCAACCACCACCUCUCCCAUUGUGUCCGCAAGUAAAGAAAAAAAAUAAGUUUGUGAGAUGAAAAGAAAACUCAGCUGCAGCAGUGUCAGGUUGAGUUAACUAACUUUUUGUUUAGCUUUCAGAGAAAAAGUUAGUCUUCAAAGAAACUAGCUGUUAACUGAGUGGUGAUUCGAAAGUCAAAGAAAAACAAACUUUACCGCCUUUCAAGCACCUAAAGAGUUCAGCAAAGCCACUACAUCUGUCAUCUGCUAUUGACCUUUGCACUGGUAAAAAGAAAAUUAAUAUUUAGUAGAACCAUUAUGACCUGCUGACCUAGUCUCUGUUUUGUGAAAAACACUGCUGUGCUAACUAUUUGGCUGUGUUACUAUGUGCUUGAUUAGUUUGGUAAACAACUGUUGUUUCUAAGAAUUCUUGUCUGUUUUGUAGAUGCUUUUUUUCACAGCCUGGUAGUGUUAAAAGAUAUAUUUUUUUCAAACUACUUUAAUUGUGUUAGCUUCUCCAUAUAAACUGAAUUUUUUUUCCAACCAUGACCACUCUGCUUUAGUUAAAAAUAAUUCUCUGCCAACUGAACAUUUUGAUAAGAUGAUUCAAUUUCAGGGUUAAAGGCCAAAAUCAUAGAUCAAUUGAAAGAUGUUCUGAACAUUUGUGUUCAGUUUCUGGUGACAAAGAGAAAGGUGAAAAUGUAGUUUUAAGGGAAAAAAUCUAAUUAAAUAAGGGAGUUGCUAAAAUCCAGUUUAAAGAUUAAUGGAUAAUUAAAUUGACAGCAUUGGGACAUUAUAUAUGAGAAGGAUCAUUUCUGAAAAGAACUAUGAAUAGGAAUCAGAACAAGCAGGAAACAAUGUUUUUGGAAAAAAUGGAUGAUUAAGCCUCACUCUGGACUGGUGCCUAAUAAGGCAGGACCACCUCUUCAUUUCUGAAUCAUAUCAGAAAGGUGGGUUUUGUCCAGAUUGUUUCAUAAUCUGUGAAAUUACUGAAUCACAGAUGUUUUUUUAAUUGUCUAAAACUGUGAAAGUGCUCUGUUGCUUGUUUUUGAAAAUGAUUGAUUUACAUCUUGUGAAGAGGGCACACCCUCUCCUUUUAUGACAGUCUGGAGCGGUUUCAAUUACCCACAUUGCAGCACAAGUUAUCACAGGACAAAGAUAAAUUCAUAGUUUGUUAAAAAAAAAGAUCCUAACAAAAAUCUAACCAAAUGACAACUAAAGUGUGUGUUUUAACGUGUUUUCUAGACUGUAAACAAGCAAUAAAGUUAGGUUUCUACCUAAUUUGAGUUAGCUGUUUGGUCCUAUCUCAGAGAUAUUCAUUUUUGUUUGAAGAUUAAUAAAGUUUUUCCAAUUGAA